GUCCCCGCUGUAUCAUCGUCCCGGUGCGGGCCCAGCCAGUCAGUCCACAGCAGAUACCGGACCAGAACGGGCACGCUUCGCUGUGCUGCUGCGUUGCUCUCCGUCGUUGUGGUUCAAUUUUCUCCCAAUUUCGCGUAUUCGGUGUGUGUUUUUGUUUGUUGUUUUUGUUCGAGAGCAAAUCGUUGAACGGCGUUACCGCAAGCCGGUGCGAGUGCGCUGAGAGGACACAGUUUAAGUUUAUCGUCGCCAACGAAACACGAUGCUGGACGCGCUGAAGUUUCUGAUGUUCGUGCUGUUGCUGCUGGUCACGAUCCUGCUGAAUCGACACGUCACCUCGAAACAGUCGGCCGAGCUCGAUCUCGAUCUGCUGUGGCAAAUUCGGGAUGGCAAGGGCGUGUACGUGCUGGUGAACCAGACGGUACCGUCCGGUGUGUACACGGCGCUGGAGAAGAGCAUGGUGAUCGGAUCGCUGCUCGAGGAGUACAACGACGUCAACACCAGCUGGGUCGGCCAGACGGAUUGGGAUUAUCGGGUGAACCUCUCCUGCGUCGCCGGUGACUACCAGUACGUGGUGCUGACGUUCCAUGGCGUCGACACGUUCUCCGAUGUCUACCUUGGUGACCGGCUGCUCGGCACCACCGACAACAUGUUCGUGCGCUACCGCUUCGAUGUCAAGGAUCAGUGCGACGGUGGCACCAACGAGCUGCGGCUCCACAUCCGCUCACCGGUCGUCGAGGCGCGCCGCCGGGCCCAGAACCGCAGCCUGCCGAUCGUGCCCGAGUGCCCGCCGGAGGGGUACCACGGCCAGUGCCAUAUGAACCUGAUCCGCAAGAUGCAGGCCAGCUUCGCGUGGGACUGGGGCCUAGCCGCGCCGUCGAUGGGCGUGUGGAAGCCGGUCCGCCUCGAGUACUACAGUUCCGUCCUGAUCCGGGAUAUCACCGUGGCGAUCGCUGACGAGCGUGGCACCGGCGAUCUGUGGACGAUCGAUGUUGCCGUGCAUCUGGAGGCGGGAUUGACCGCUCAUCCCGUCAGUGGCGUGCUGACGUUCAAGAUCUUUGAUGUGCCGUUCGCGGCGGGUACCGAACCGAGCGUGACGGUGACGGACACAACGGACGAGCGGGGCGAACUGGUCGUCCGGCACCAGCUGACCGUGCGCAAGGAAGCCGUCGCCCUGUGGUGGCCGAACGGGUACGGGCGGCAGCAGCUCUACAGUCUCUACGUGCGCUACGAGGACGCCAGCCUGAACCGUGUGAAGCAACCGCCACACCCGGAUACGCUGCACGCGGAGAAGGUCAUCCGCAUCGGCUUCCGGACCGUGCGGCUACGCCAGGACCGGAGCGCCGACGGACGGAUGUUCUACUUCACCGUCAACGGGGUGCCCAUCUUCGCCAAGGGCUCCAACUGGAUCCCGUCCUCGAUACUGCCCGAACGGUCCUACGAUGCCGCAUACGUGAAGUUCCUGCUGUACGCCGCCCGGGACGCGCACAUGAAUAUGCUGCGGGUGUGGGGCGGUGGGCUGUACGAGAGCGACCACUUCUACCGGCUGGCGGACGAGCUCGGGAUCCUGAUCUGGCACGACCUCAUGUUCGCCUGCUCCAUGUACCCGACCGACGCCGACUUCCUGCGCACGGUGCGAACGGAGGUGCAGCAGAACGUGCGCCGCAUCCAGCAUCACCCGAGCGUGGCCGUGUGGGCGACGAACAACGAGAACGAGGUGGCCCUGCGCCAAAACUGGUACAAUACGCAGGCGAACUAUAGCGCGUACUACGAGCAGUACGUGGAGCUGUACGUGCGCCUGGUACUGCCCGAGGUGCAGGCGAACGACCCGUGGCGCACCGUGCUCCUGUCGUCGCCCUCCAACGGCGACGAGACGGGGCAGGAUGGGUUCGUGUCCACCAAUCCGCAGGACCCGUUCUAUGGCGACGUGCACUACUACAACUACUUCCUGGACGGCUGGAACGCUGCGCAGUACCGGGGCGGUAGGUUCGUGUCGGAGUACGGUUUUCAGUCGUUCCCGGCGUUUAACAGCUGGCCGGAAGCGCGCAGCUACAGUCCCGACGAGCUGGCGCGCCUCAUCAACCAUCGUCAGCACAGCCCGUACGGCAACGAACCGAUCCUUGACAUGAUACGGUUCAACCUGCCGUUACCUGCCGACAACGGCAGCACUAGCUACUGGCCCGACCUGAUAUACCUCAGCCAGCUGUCGCAGGCCAUGAUCGUCAAGACGGAGACGGAGGUGUACCGGGCGCGCCGCCUAGUGUACGGCACGAUGGGGGCCCUCUACUGGCAGCUGAACGACGUCUGGAUUGCUCCGUCCUGGUCGUCGAUCGAGUACGGUGGCACGUUCAAGCUGCUGCACGUGUGGCUGCGGUCCAUUUUCGCCCCCCGGCACCUGGUGGCGUUCGUGGACGAGGGCCACCAGCUGGAGGUGACGGCCGUCCGCGACACGCUCGGGCCGGUCGACGAGUUCUGGAGCGUCGAGUUGCACAUCCACCGGUACGGUGAGUUCAGCCCGGUUGAUCGGCGCACGUACGACGGUGUGCGGGUGCCCCCGAACACGGUGGCGCUCGUGACCCGGUUCGACAUCUACGGUCACCUGGCGCAACUGGGGCUGCGGCCGGCGGACCAUCUGGUGAUGCUGUACGCCCGCAGCGCCACCGGCGUGCUGCUGGCCGAGAACUUCGUGCUGCUCGACAAGCUGAAGCACGUCGCGGAUUGCACCGACCCGGCCGUCACCGUCAGCGUCGUAUCGUCUGCCUGCAGCGAGCGGAAUAAUCUGACCACCGUCAGCCUCGAGGUGACCGUCCGCGCGCCGGCUCUGUUCGUCUACCUGCAGCUGACGCCGGAAAACAGCAGCACCUUGAAGCAGUGCCAGUUUUCGCACAACGGGUUCUUGCAGUUCCAGCCCAUCCGGACCGUGCGGCUGACGUGUGUCGAUCCCGGGUGCCGGAACAAGAUCCAACCGCGCGACAUCAGCGUGCGUACGGUGAACGGGCUGCUGCGGAACUGAGUUGGGGAAUGAACCGCGCAGGGUGACAGGAUAGGAUGGAGCUGCGUUGGGCAUGGUAGGUAGUAGGGAGGGAGCGGGGAGAUGCAUUUGUUUUCUUUCCACAACACACGCAUCAUGCAACAUACGCUGGUACUGUAAAAACAUAUAUACCUCUAUCCUUCGGUACACAAGGUUUAAUAUUCCAAAAUAAGUUAAAUUUUGCGUUUCUCUUACUCUAUUUCUCUCUUUCUCCCUCCUUUCUCUCUCUCUCUCUCUCUCUCUCUCUCUCUCUCUCUCUCUUUCUCUGUCUUGCUCUUUCGCACACUCUCUCCCUCUACCUUUGCCUUGCAUGUGCAUUUUUUCCCUCCCACACACCUGCCCACACCCAUUUUUGAUUACCGUAGGUUUCAAACCUUUCACAGGUAUGUAAGGUAUAGUUAUUUUUUACGCGUGUGCACAGGUCUGUAGGGAAGGAGAUUACGUUGUAUAUAAAUCAACAAAUUCAUUAUUAAAUUAUUAUGGACUUGCUACUAGAUAACAGGUAAAUCUGUGCUCAAUCAUAUUGCGGCGACUUGGCAAUCCAGAUUCUCUCUUUCAUUGUUUUCUUUUUCUUGUGGUCGCUUUCACGGCGCGCAUCGGAUAUGCAUCACUUCUAGGCUGAGUCAAGUGUCUCUACUAUUCUGUUUAAAGUCAAUUGCAUACUACCAUCAUCGCAUCUUGCCCUGAGAAGAAAUUCUGAGCUAUAGAUGCUUGGGGCAGCUGAAAUAAUUAUAAAACAACACCAACACACACCAUACAAUUACCACCACAUAGCAUCGGUUGCGAAGGCAAAUGUUUACAUGCUUAAUUGUUCUAUAAUUAUUUCAACUGCCACGUACAUCUAUUGCUCAAACUUUCUUUAGACAAGGUCCUUCGGAGAUAGAAGCUAGCUGUCUUAAAUUCUGUUAUGUUACCCCUACCCUACAACCCCUACUUAUUGCCUGACUUAAGUGUGAAUUAGGGCUUCGCGCUGUUCGUCUGAUGUGCGAACAAAAAUAAACUAUAACACCGCAGCCAAUUUGUUACUAGCAGAAUUGCGUCUAGUAGAGCUCAAUGCUUGUAUAGGUGGCAAAUUUAUCAGGAAAUAAAAAUAAAAUAAAUGCC